AUGGCCAACAGCACCGUCGCCGAACCGUUUCCCAUCACCUUGACCAGCGGUAGAUUCAUGGUCUAUGACGUGCAAACCAUCGCCCACCUUCAAAAGACUCACGGCAUUGACGGCGCAUCGCAAGCUCUCGAACAAUACAACCCCCUUGAGUUGAGAUCUGAGGAUGUCGCGUUGCUAGUCAACAAGGGCAUUGCUCAAAUCAUCCGCGACGACAAGAUACAAUCGCCAAAGUCACCAUCAAAUGCGCCAGCCUCACCAAAUGGCGUGCCCAAGAUCACUACAGCCAGCGACAAUACGCAAGACAAUUGGAAUGACAUUCCUGACGAUAUGUUUGCCUCUCGUGGGCGGUCGAACAAGGCCAAGAAGCCUCGCUCUCGUCUUGGGGUGUCGCCUAUUCCCUCGACUGCGCCAGGGAGCCGUACUGCUAGUGUCGGCGGCCUCCAUCCUGGUCCACCUCCGUUGAGGCCUGCCGCUUCGCAACCGUUGCUGCGUCCACCUCCUCCGCCAUCGCGACAGACUUAUUCCUAA